GUGCAGAACAGUUAUGCAGCCUCAGCCUGUGACAGAGACAUCACUGUCUCACUCUGAUAACAUGGAGCAGCUUAAUGUUUAGCCCAAGAUUCACACACAAACACACACACACACACACACACAUACACAGGGAAGCAGAGGGAUUACAAAGGCACAGAGACCCAUAUGCUGUCCAAGGAUGGAGGCGAGAAAGCUAAAUGCGAGGAGAACACAAGGGACAGAUGUUGAAGGUGAUGUCCCAGGAGAGCCACAUGGGAGCGUCUCCAGUCGUCCUCUUUCCUCUCUGGCUCGUCUCUAUGUGUACGCGUUGCAUGGCUGCCUCUGUGAGGUGGCCUUCACUGCUGUGUGGGACUGGUGCAGCACCCAAGACAGGAGGCUGGCGGGACACAGCAGCCUGUGGGCGCUGCCUAUGUAUGCCACUGCAAUCUACCUCAUGGAGAGCCUGAGGGCCUGGCUGCUGGCUCAGCAUCACCCACUCCCUCUGCGUCUGACAGCCUACACUGUGUUCAUCUACCUAUGGGAGUUCAGCUGGGGGGCAGGGCUAACGCUACUGGGGGCAUGUCCCUGGGACUACUCAGGUUUUAGGUACAACCUGGGAGGGCUGGUGACUCUGGAGUAUGCACUACCCUGGGCUGUGGCUGCCUUUAUAGCAGAGCAGUAUGUGAUCAGGAACACUCUGAGGAUAAGACUGCUAAACUGAACUGAUAUCACUGUGAUGUGGAAUACUGUGCUUCCAACAACAGCCACAAAGCAUUUUAUGGACAAUGUUUUAGGAAUAAUAUCAUUCUUUUGUGAGUUUUUGACAUUUUGUUUUUAAAAAAUGACCUGUGUGACCUGUCUCAUAUAAAAUUUGACAAUUUGUAGUUGAAUCUGUGAGUGUUUUUUCUCACGUACUGUAACUGAUUGAA